AUGGAGGCAAGAGUGGCGCCGGAGACCGUGAAGAAGCCAACUGCAGCGAUCAGCAAGACGCUGCCGUCGUGGGCGGCGUUGGAGACGGCGAUGAUGCCGCUGGGCAUGAUUCUGGUGCAGGUGUUCACGAUGGUGACGCUGCUCAUCUGCAAGCUGGCCCUCAACGCCGGCAUGCGCCCCUUCGUCUUCCUCGUCUAUCGCAACCUCAUAGCCGCGGCCGCCAUCGCGCCGCUUGCCCUCAUCUUCGAAAGGGAAAUGUGGAAAAAGGUUAGCUUGGUUGUAUGGGGUUGGAUUUCCAUAAAUGCUGCACUCGGAAUCGUCCUGGCAAUGGGAUUGUACUACCACGGCCUGCGUGCCACCAGCGCCGCGUACUCAGUCAACUUCCUCAACCUAAUCCCCAUCAUCACCUUCAUCAUCGCCAUCAUGCUCCGGGCGGAGAAGCUGAUCCUCACGAAGCGGCCUGGCAAGAUGAAGCUCUUGGGCACAUUGUUGUGCGUCUGCGGGGCCAUGGUCGUUAGCCUGUUCAAAGGCCGACGGCUGCACCUCUGGGCUACUCGCCUACUGAGAUCCCAGGCGGCGGCAACAAGCCCCACUGGCCUUCACCACGGCAUGGUCGCCGGUACACUGUUCUUGUGCGGAAGCUGUCUGAGCUACGCUUUAUGGUUCAUCGUGCAGGCUAGGCUUGCGAAGGUGUUCCCAUCGAAGUACUUGGUGACGACACUGACGUGCCUGCUGGGAAGCCUGCAAUGCUUUGUGGUCGGCAUCUCCCUCGGCCACAGCAGAGCUGAAUGGAGGAUCAAGUGGGACCUGCAGCUUCUGACCGUCGUCUACUCGGGGGUGUUCAACACGGGCGUCACGUACGUGAUCAUCUGUUGGGUGAUCAGCCGCCGGGGACCCAUGUACCCCUCGAUGUUCAGCCCGCUGCUGCUGAUCAUAACCACCGCGAUGGACUCGCUGCUGCUUGGCACCAGCAUCUACUUGGGGAGCGUGCUAGGGACAAUGCUCAUCAUUGGAGGCCUGUACGCGUUCUUGUGGGGUAAAGGGAAGGAGCUGCAGCUCACUGCCGCCGCCGCCGCGGUGGCGCAGAAGCAGACGGAGGCGCUAGCUUCAGUAGCGAUGGCAACCACCUUGGCAGAAGCAUGGGAGGCGCUUGAAGCUAUGUUCUUGGUGCACUCCAAGGCGAGGAUCUCGAAUCUACGCAUGAUGCUCUCUACAACUAAGAAGGGCAAUAUGACCUCGUCGCAAUACCACACCAAGAUGUGUGCUUUCAAAUAUGAGUUAGCUGCGGUUGGCAAGAUAAUAUAUGAUGAUGAGAUGGCUCACUUUAUCCUCAACGGCUUUGAUUUUGAGUAUAAUCCAUUCGUAAAAUCGAUGUUUGGUCGUGUUGGAUCUGUUUCCUUGAGUGAACUGUACUCUCAGAUCCUAGCCUAUGAUAUGCACCUGUAG